GAUAGCAGAGCUGAGUCAAUUGACAAGAAAAUUGCUAGGCUUGAUGCAGAACUCGUGAAGUACAAGGAUCAAAUGAAGAAGAUGAGAGAGGGGCCUGCAAAGAACACAGUAAAGCAGAAAGCAUUGAGAGUGUUAAAGCAGAAGCGAAUGUAUGAACAACAGAGGGAUAAUCUAUCACAGCAGUCUUUUAAUAUGGAACAAGCUAAUUACACUAUUCAGGCACUGAAGGACACAAAGACAACGGUUGAUGCAAUGAAACUGGGGGUGAAAGAAAUGAAGAAAGCUUACAAGCAAGUCAAAAUUGAUCAAAUAGAGGACAUUCAAGAUCAGUUGGAAGACAUGAUGGAAGAAGCCAAUGAAGUCCAGGAGGCACUGAGUCGUAGCUAUGGAACACCAGAGAUUGAUGAAGAUGACUUGGAAGCAGAACUGGAUGCACUGGGUGAUGAGCUUCUAGCUGAUGAAGACAAUUCCUACUUGGAUGAAGCCGCGUCUGCUCCAGCCAUCCCAGACGUCACUCCUACUGACACGAAAAACAAAGAUGGCGUACUGGUGGAUGAAUUUGGGUUGCCGAAGAUCCCUGCGACAUAAAUGUUUCAAGAGCACAAUGGAUAUAACGAACUAUACAAAUCAAAUUAAGAAUUUUUUCUUUUUAAAUCCUGGAGAACUUGUCCUUCCAGUGUAACCUUAAUAUCACUACAUCCUAGAACGCAAUAUGAAUGGCCGGUGGUGUUCUUUCUUUGAAGAAAGUUGUUCUUCUACUGAUUUUUCUGUUAAUGGAAAAUUCAGCACAGUUCCCUUCGGUGGAAGCAGUCAGUCUGAUAGGUUUUGAUUUCCGUGUCUUAUGGACAGAGUAAUAUGUGAAGAGUAGUGGUGGCUGUCGAUAGCUGAGGUUUAUUUUCACUUUCUAUUAUGUUUUUCUCUUUCUGGAAACCAAGAUUGUACGUUGCUGCUUACUCUCUGUAAAAUAGCUCCCUUAUUACUAUGCUUAUUUGAUAAAAGAAUUGAAAACAAUUUUUAAACUACUGGUCUUGACACUUUUAUGCUGUCCUACUUGUACCCUUCCUUUGGAUGCUGUAACCAAUCGGGUUCUCAUUAACUUUAUGUAUUCUAUGGAGACAUAAAAUCCUAUAGAU